AAGAUUCGUAAGCUCACCGCGCGGAGCGCCGGUGUUGGCGAGUGCGACCUGUCGAGGCGGAUGAAUGGCGUAUUUAUGUGUCUCAACGUGCAGCCUCGCCUAUGUUUCGGCGACAUCGCGGUCCGCAUUCGGAGCACGUGCUGUCUGAGCUGUUCGUGGGGAAACCUCUUUCCGUGCUCCGGUGAUCAUAACCAAGCGAGCCUCGACGGAGACGCGUCGUCGCAGAACCCGCACGGUCAUUCGGGACAAUGUUUAGCAAGAAGAAGAAGAAACCGCAGAUCUCGACACCCACCAACUUCGAGCACAGGGUGCACACCGGGUUCGACAAGCGCGAGGGUAAAUUUGUUGGAUUACCGCUGCAGUGGGCCUCGAUAGUUGGGAACAAUCAGAUUCUAAAGUCGACCAAUAGGCCGUUACCUCUGGUCGAUCCAAGCGAGAUCACGCCUACCGAGAUCCUGGAUUUAAAGACAAUAGUGAGGGGACACAAUGAUCCUAGGCUGAAUAAACCAAUAACGAAUGAGAAGACGGUGGAAAAUGGCUUACCUAAGACUAGUACGGUUGCACGUUCCAAUUCGCUGCGUUCGUCGAGUCCACCGCGACUCAGGAGGGAUUACAGGCAUAAUAGCAAUCUUCCGCCAUCUGUGCCCGAAGGCCAAGAGAUACCUUCGAACAUUAAUCAAGGCUUUACAAACUUCGGCAAGUCGCAUAACUACAUCGAUAAGCUGAGGCAAAACUCCCCGAGUGUUGGUAGCGGGCUGAAUUCCAGCAUGCAGAACAUGAUCCCGAAUCUUCAGAAUCUCAAUCCCAACAUGCAGUCGUCGCCAAAUUUAACGCACUCGGGAUCAAAUGUGCCGAACUUAUCCUUAAAUUUCCAGAACUUGAGUCCCAUUGUCAAUUCGCAAACCUCAGUACAAAGUCCAAAUACCCCGCAGCUUCCUGAUCCAGAAUUUCAUAGAUUAAAUCCGCAAAUGGCUAUGACGUCAGGUCAAUACAACGGCAAUGUACAGGGUUCUGCUAUGGAAUCGAGGGAACAUCAACUAGGCCAAAAUAUAUUACUACACAAACUACAGCCAAAAAUUUCGCCUGUUGGCUCUAUAGCCUCGCAACGGCCGUUGAGCCAACUGAGCUCGCAUAACAUCAACAAAUAUCCUCAAGCGUACAUGACUGAAAAUCCAUCCAACUUGCAGUCGCAUUUGAAGAAGCCAAUGGAAACGUCUCAGUCGAUGCACAACUUAUCGAAACCGAGCAUGCCGUCGACGGUAUCGGGCACCAGUUCUACUCCGGAUCAAAAUCAGAAUAUGAAGAGCGCUGUCUCGUCUGGAAACUUGGCAGUUGGUACAAGUUCGAGUAACAUCAAUAAACAAACUGAGCAGAGACUUACGCAUGAGCAAUUCAGGGCUGCUUUACAGAUGGUGGUAAGCCAAGGUGAUCCGAGAGAAAAUUUGGAGAACUUCCUGAAGAUCGGCGAAGGCAGCACGGGAACUGUAUGCAUAGCCACGGACAAGAGUACAAACCGGCAGGUCGCAGUGAAGAAGAUGGACUUGAGGAAGCAACAACGGCGCGAAUUACUUUUCAACGAGGUGGUCAUCAUGAGAGACUACCAUCAUCCGAACAUAGUGGAGAUGUACGAUAGUUUCCUGGUAGAUGAUGAACUGUGGGUAGUCAUGGAGUACCUCGAGGGAGGGGCGCUUACCGAUAUCGUAACACACUCGAGGAUGGACGAGAGUCAGAUAGCCACAGUGUGUUCCCAAUGCCUUAAGCCACUGGCGUAUCUGCACUCGCAGGGCGUUAUACACAGAGACAUUAAAUCCGACUCGAUAUUACUCACGGCGGACGGCAGAGUAAAGCUGUCGGAUUUUGGCUUCUGUGCUCAAGUUUCUCAAGAAUUACCAAAGCGAAAGUCUCUCGUAGGAACCCCAUACUGGAUGAGUCCUGAAGUCAUUUCAAGGUUGCCAUAUGGACCUGAAGUAGAUAUCUGGUCAUUAGGAAUAAUGAUCAUCGAGAUGAUCGAUGGUGAACCACCAUUCUUCAAUGAACCACCUCUACAAGCUAUGAGACGUAUCAGGGAUAUGCCACCGCCAAAAUUAAAGAAUUUCCAUAAAGUUAGUCCACGUCUUCAAGGUUUCCUUGAACGUAUGCUAGUGCGCGAUCCGGCCCAGCGAGCUACGGCAGCUGAACUGUUGCAACACCCAUUCCUGAGGCAGGCUCAAAGUCCUAGUAUCUUGAUUCCAUUAAUGAGAGGUGCUCGACAUACAAAUUGUUGAUGAGGUUAUAUUAACUCUAUAAAGAGGAUUUUAGGUAAGGCAGGUACUGAUUACAGCAGUAAUCAUAUCUUCGACGACGUCGUGUUACGUAUCAUUGCUAAACAAUUUGUUCGUUGGCUGCAGCUUAUGGCAGCUCUUGAACCAAGAGAUUCGAUCUUGAUUCUCACACAGGGAACUUCAGAAAGAAGUUUUUCUUUAUUGCGCGAUGGACACGACCGAUACUAACAUUUCGAAUACUACAAUCUCAAAUAAUAUAAUUUUAAACGUACGUGUUACUUCUGUUUCUAAUUUUCUAAACUUCGUUUUUCACUUUAAAAAUGCUUCAAAUUUCAAGUUAAACUCUCAAAUUCGAAGACACUGGGAUAUCGCAUCAUAUUUAAUAAAUAAAAGAAUUAUACAAUUUAAAAGUUUCUCCCCACGAGUUGUAAUAAAUGUACACGUCAAUUUCAGAUAUUGAUGAAUAUAUAAGAUAUAUAUAUAUAUAUAUAUAACAUAUUUUCUGAUAUCUAAAACUUUUUGGAAGUAUUAUUGAAAAUUCUUGUAGAUUUUUGCGUGAAAAUACUUAAAAUAUCAUAUAGAUACACAUAUAAAAAAGGGAUGAGUAUAUUUAAUAUAAUCAGGAAUCAGCCUCUUCGGUCGUGCCUAAUUUACAUAUAAAAGUAUAUGUAAUGUAUAAAUUUAUAUAGUAUUUUAGAAAAUAUACCCAGAAAUACGUAGAAAGUCUUCAACCGAUGAUCAUUCUUAUUGGAACUUUACAUUCCAAUUGAGUUUGAGCCUACAAGUAUUAUUUUGAAAAUAACUAUUACAUUCCUUCAUUGUUUCAUACAUAUACAUUUUUGACAUAUUUUCAUGAAAAAUAAUAAUGUAUUAGAUAUAAUUUCUCAUUCCGCAUCAUUCCUCAAGAAUCGAUACUGCCUGUUUAAUCCACAAUAGUUGCUUCUAUGUGACGACAGAUUAUUGUUAUUUUGAAUCAUUUACAGAACGAAUUUUACUCAAGUGCCUUCGCGAUAUGCAUUGUAGCAACAAUUAACUUGUCGUUGUAAAGCGAUAAUAUUUGUUUAUACGUUAUUGUGACUGUAUAAAAUAAUCAAUUUUCUGUUUUUUUUUUCAUUUUGCAAAUAGUUGCUUCUAUGUGACGACAGAUCAUUGUUAUUUUGAAUCAUUUACUGAAUACACUGAAUAAAACUUGAACUCAGCUGCAAGCUAUAAUAUAUACAAAGCGCUAGCGUCCGAUAAAGGUUAAUAAUGAAAAAUCUUCAGUUUUAUUAACAACGAGAGACAUUUUGCAGAGAAGCUUGUAUAGUAUUUUUCAUUAUAGACAUAUAAUGCUCGCUAUAAACUUUUUUAUGGCACUUGCUCGCCUUUUAAAAUUUUUAUAUUUUACAAUCGGUAAUAUAUUUCUUCUUUCGUAUUAAAUCACGCUUCUACUGAAUUUAUAGAAAGCCAUAGUAAAAAUAACUUAAACAGUGUAUAUAAUUUUUCUACGUAAUCAUUAUUUUUCUAUGUAUUAUUCCAUUAUUACAUAUGUAACAAUGAACUUUAAUAUUAUACUUUUAUUUGCAUUUCUGUUUUCUUUUUUGUUAAAGAGAAUAAAGCUCGUAUGGAAUUUUAAAACCAAAAGACACAUUUAAUUAUUACUGAAAUUAAUAGUAACAAAGUUGACAAAAAAUUAUUAUGGGGAACAUCCAAAAAGUUAUGUAUCUUUUUCGUUUCAUAUAUUAUUUAUCACAUGAAAACUUUAUAAAUAUUACCUAUUAUAACUAUAUAGAUAUUAAUUAACUAACUACUAUAACUACAUAUUACUUAUUAACUUUAAAUAAUGUGGUUACGUAAACCGUUAGCUAGUUAAAUCUAUCAUUCAGUAUAACGUUUAAAAACUGUUGCUUAUAUAUUUUUGUAAAAUAAAAUUCAGUCAAAACAUGAGGAAAAAAAUAGUUAAAAAGAAUUUAAUCCCUGCAUGAUAUCCUCAACAAAUUUGAUGUUACAAAUGGUAUGACGUUCCCUCAAUUGUACUAUUUUGUAAUGUUCAUAUACUUUUAAAUAUUCAAAUAAAAUGAAAUAAAGAGCAAUAAAUAAGCUAAUGAAAAUAUUAAGAUAAAUUAUUAAGAGAGAGAGAAUAUUGAUAUAAAAUAUCAAAUAUAAAAACAGUGACAUUAUGCUGGAUUAAUUAUGUAUUUUUAUUGCAUAGUAUUAUCUUGAUGAAUUAAUUUGUACAACUAACUGUUGCACGUAACUAGAUUACUGUUUAGACAACCGAUAUUUUGAACAGGGUUAUGAUACAUGGUUUAAGAUAAAUAAUCCGGAUGAAUGUGAAAUGUGUGUUAUAUGUAGAUCUCUAUAUGGACAUAGUCACGAAAAUGCAUAAUUUUGAUAAGAAAUUCGUUAUUUCCUGAUAAAUCAUUAGUUUAUGUAAAAAAACGUCAGAAAUGUUAUACGCGAAAUAUUAUGCGUCGUAUGCAGAAAAUCGCGGUUCCUUAAUAGUAAUAUUCCUAUUGUAUUCCUGGAUAGUAAGUCAUGUACAUUUAAGAUGUAUAUUUUUUUCAUUAUAUUUUUUGUACGGUUGAGAUUAUUACAUAUCGUAAUCUAAUUAGGCGUUUAUAUGAAUCUUGCAAGCCUUAUUACAAUUUCAUAUAGAUUCAUGAUUAGAUAUACAAAAAUAAUUUAUUAUAUACGGAUGUUUUUGAUUAUUGAUAGUACAUUUUUAGCUAUGUUCUUCUUUCGGCAGUUAAUCAAAGGAUUGGUUAGUCGUAAAUUGAAAUUAUUAUACAUAUAGUUUAUUGAAUAAAACGUGUGAAAUACCAAAUUUAUUAACAGAUUACGAGAGCAACUGUGUAAUAAUCAACAGCUUUUAAAUAUAUUUGUAAAGAAAAUGUUCGCGUAUAAUAUACAAUUAUACGAAAUAGAUUCGUCCAACUAUACUCGCCAUAUUUGAAUAAUAAACAAUCAUUUAUAUUAUCUAAAAAAUUAUCAUACUUUACAUCACAUGUUGAUUAGAAAUUAAUCUGUAAAUAUUUACAAACAUUCAAAUUGUAGCGUGACUUAAUGAAGCAAGAGAGCGCUGUGUUGGCAAAUUUUUAAGUACCGUGUAGAAAAUUGUUCAUUGCGUGUGUAUGUGCAGGAUUAUUUUAUAUAUAUAUACAUAUUGUACAUUUACGACUUAAUAAAAGAUCUAUUUACAUCGAGA